AUGGCCGCCCGUUAUUUGCUGUCUACCGUACUACUAGGGCUGGCUACUGUAGGGUAUUGUCGAAUCGAGUCGAGUUCGCCAAAGGCUGCUGGGAUUUAUGAGGGGAGAAAGCUCUACACCCAGCCUGCCAUUAACGCCAACUUCUCGGGUCUGUUCGACGAGGCGGCAGCCAACCGCGUCGGCUACAAGAUCAACCCGGCGUUCAGUUGUCGCGACAAAACGAUUGAAAACAUCAUCACGACAGCACUCCGCAGCUACGUCCACGAUAUGGACUCGAUCACGCGGUAUGCAUUGGAUCAGCUACGCGCCAAUCGCCCGCUAGGGACAUGGCUCGUUCAUGCCCAGGUCAUCAGCACCUCGCGACAGGGCCCCGACUGGCAGACGUCGACGAACGGACGGGUGUUCCAGGGGACCGAUUUCGAUUCGUGCUUCUACCACGACCAGCAGACGUACAUCCUCGUCCUCCGUCUCUACGUGCCGAAGGGGAAUGAACAGAUAGCG